AGUCACACAGGUGCCUGGUAGGUGACUGGAGGUGUUUGCUGAUGUGGCCCCAACCCUGCCUUCCUCCCCACCCCACGAUGUUAGAAGAAACUCGACAGAGUAAAUUGGCAGCAGCCAAAAAAAAGCUAAAAGAAUAUCAGCAGAGGAACAGCCCUGGUGUUCCAGCAGGAGUGAAGAUGAAAAAGAAAAACACUGGCAGUAUCCCUGAGACAGCCACUUCUGGUGGUUGCCACUCACCUGGGGAUAGUCGGUACCAAGAACUGGAAUUAGCCCUGGACUCAAGCUCCGCAAUAAUCAAUCAACUCAAUGAAAACAUAGAAUCAUUGAUACCCCUGCUCCAGUCCUUGCCACACUCGCCCUGGGGUUGUCGUCUCUCAGGGAAGUACUAGCCUGACUGGUUGUCAGGGAACCUGCGUUUCUACCCUGACUCGGUCCCUAAUUUGCUCUUUGAGUUUGGACAAGCCACCUGUCCUCCUUGGGCUCGUGUUUCCGGAGAAGGUAGAGCAUCAAAGGUCUCUAUUAGCUCUGAGAAUCUGAGAUUUAAAGGCCUCCAGAAUGGAAACCUCAGGGUCAAUGGCUCCUGUCUGUCCUUUUCCAUCCUAUAUCUGCUGUGAAGAAGCAUACCUGGCUCAUACAUGCUCAGUAAAUGUUUGUUGAAUGAAGGCGCCUUUCUAAAUCACAAACUGGCAGAAGAGUGGGCAUUUCUCAGACUCCAUCUCUAGAGGUUUAUGUUACUGUCCUUUCAAGAGAAUCCAGAUUCAGACUUUGAGUUCUGUGGCUGUGGGUGAAAACCAACAAAGACCCACAUCCUCUGUCCUUGGGAGCUUGAGGAGAGUUGACCAGUUCGUGUUGCCACUGGGUCUGAGAAUGUUGCCUUUAAAAUCCAUUGCUGGCCCCUGCCUACCGCUUCCUGGUCUGGGAAAUAGAGUUGAGGGGGCCACUCUUAGUCACCUGAAUUUGACUCUCCCCACAGAAACAACAGAAGAAACAAGUGGAACAUCAGCUGGAAGAAGAAAAGAAAACCAACAGUGAAAUACACAAAGCACAGAUGGAGCAGUUAGAGGCAAUCAACAUCCUCACAUUGGAAAAGACAGACUUGAAGACCACCCUUUACCAUACUAAACGUGCUGCCCGACACUUCGAAGAAGAGUCCAAGGAUCUGGCUGGCCGCCUGCAAUACUCCUUACAGCGUAUUCAAGAAUUGGAGCGGGCUCUCUGUGCUGUGUCUACACAGCAGCAGGAAGAGGACAGGUCCUCAAGCUGCAGUGAAGCGGUCCUCCAGUGGCGGUUACAGCAGACCAUAAAGGAGCGGGCACUGCUGAACGCACACGUGACACAGGUGACAGAGUCACUUAAACAAGUCCAGCUAGAGAGAGAUGAAUAUGCUCAACAUAUAAAAGGAGAGAGGGCCCGGUGGCAGGAGAGGAUGUGGAAAAUGUUGGUGGAGGCUCGCACAUUGAAGAAGGAGAAGAAGCGUGACAUACAUCGGAUACAGGAGCUGAAGAGGAGCUUGUCCGAACUGAAAAACCAGAUGGCUGAGCCCCCAUCCCCAGCACUCCCAGCAGUGACCUCUGUGGUGGAACAGCUACAAGAUGAGGCCAAACACCUGAGGCAGGAGGUGGAGAGUUUGGAGGGAAAGCUCCAAUCCCAGGUGGAAAACAACCAGGCCUUGAGUCUUCUGAGCAAGGAACAAAAGCAGAGGCUCCAGGAGCAGGACGAGAGGCUCCGAGAGCAGGAGGAGUGGAGGGUGCAGGAGCAGGAGAGACUGUGUGAGCAAAACGAGAGGCUUCGGGAGCAGCAGAAGACGCUACGGGAGCAGGGUGAGAGGCUGCGAAAGCAGGAGCAGAGGCUAUGCAAGCAGGAGGAGAGGCUGCAAAAGCAGGAAAAGAGGCUGUGGGACCAGGAGGAGAACCUGUGGGAGAAGGAGGAGAGGCUACAAAAGCAGGAGGAGAGGCUCAUGCUCUCCCAGAACCACAAGCUCGACAAGCAGCUGGCCGAGCCACAGUGCGGCUUCGAGGAUCUGAAUAACGAGAAAAAGAGCGCACUGCAGUUGGAGCAGCAAGUAAAGGAGCUGCAGGAGAGGCUGGGCGAGAAGGAGACAGUAACCUCUGCCCCAUCCAAGAAGGGCUGGGAGGAACCAGCUGCCAGCCACCAGAACCAACAGCUAGAGACCCAGCUAAGCCUCGUGGCUCUCCCUGGAGAAGGAGAUGGAGAACAUCUGGACAGUGAGGAGGAGGAGGCGCCUCGGUCCACGCCUCCCAAACAUCCCAGAGGACCUGGAGAGCCGGGAGGCCACGGAGAGUACAUCACUGAAUAUGACAGCCAGGGGGCAGUGCCAAACACGCGGCACCAGGAGAAGGAAGACGUCAUCAGGCUGGCCCAGAAGGAGGAGGAGAUGAAGGUGAAGCUGCUGGAGCUGCAGGAGCUGGUGUUGCCCCUUGUGGGCGACCACGAGGCGCAUGGCAAAUUCCUCACCGCUGCCCAGAACCCUACCGAUGAGCCCGCUCCAGGGGCCCCAGCCCCCCAGGAACUUGGGGCUGCCGAUGAGCAGGGUGAUUUUUAUGAAGUGAGCCUGGACGACAGCGAGGAGCCUGCACCAGGAGCGGCCAGGGAGGGCUCUCCCCAUGACAACCCCACUGCACAGCAGAUGGUGCAGCUGCCUCCUGUAAUGCAGGACACCCAGGAGCACCCAGGCUUGCCCAGCAACCCCUGCGUGCCAUUCUUUUACCAGGCAGCCGAGAACAGGGAGAUAAACAUCAUCAUCUAAGAGCUGGUCAAGAAAUUAAAAAAAAAACAACAAAAAGUUAUGGGGUUCAUCUCCUACACAAUUCAUUUACUUCAUUUGAAUGCUAGAGCCACUCAUGUUUAUUUGUGUUUCUAAUUUACAGUUUAAAUUUAUUUGUAAAAAGUUAAGGGAGAGUGGGUCUUUCUCUGAUGUUCACUCUGGCAUCCUUUAGCAUUUUUGUUUUUAAUUUGAUAAUUGUAGGUCAUUAGCACGCAUAUCGAGUUUGCCCUUAUGUGGUGGGAGUUCAAACACACAAAGACCUACUAUUUCCACAAAACUAUUCUGGCUGGUUUGGAACAGGCUGCCAUGCUUUUUAAAUGUUAUUGCAGCACGUAUAUUCAUUACAGAAUUCAGAUAAAAUGUGCUUAUGUUCUGCUAUUACAUUUGAUCAAAUCCUAACCACAGUGAGCUCUUCAUUAGCUCAAUAUGUGGUUUGCCCUCAAGUGAGCACCGUUUAUUACUUUGUAAUAUGCCACUGUGAGUACUGACAUUUAGAGUUGUUUAAAGGCCGAGAACUGGAAAGAGCCUUUCCCCUAUUUUCUGUGUAUUGGGGAUGGGAGUCAUAACAUUUUGGGGAGCUUUUAAAAUCUCACAGAAGAGGAAAGUGGCCUGCUCUGGCAGGUGUGUGCAGGAUACAGUGUGUUUCAUUUGUUCUGGUGCCAAGAAUGAGCUCUGUACUGUGGUGGCUUCCUUAGGAUUUGUGUGUGCUCUGGGCUCAUGAAGAUAUUGCAUCAUGAGCUGCAGCAGUUGUACCCUUUCUCCAUGACCUAAAAAGGGAUUAUUUCUGAGGAAUGAAAGGCUCCCAUCAUUGAUUGUGGAUGUGGAAAACCUUUUCUAGCUUAGAGCAUUUAUAUCUACAAUACAUUUUAAAGUCAGAGUUCAUGUUACCUGUUUUAAUCACAUGAGUAUAUGUCCCAGUACACCAAAAGGCACUGCUUGGCAUUCUUCUUAAUGUAUUUAGUAAAGAUCAUAAGAAAUCCUUUAAGAGUUUAAAUGUCCCUGGAACAGGCAUACGGGCUCUAGUCAAGAAUGAAUUCGAGUGAAGGAAAGCUGUGUGACAUUUGGCCUUCCUCUAUGUUCAUGGAGCUUCUUUGAGGCUAGAUUUUUACCAUCUAGACCUCUCUGGCUAAUACCUAUUCUUCAACCACAUUGGUUUCUCUGACAUAGGAAUUUACUUCUUUCCCUUGAAUGGAAAACACUUUAAAAAUAAUAACAACCAUUAUUAUAAACCAAUAUAUGUGAGAGUACUUAGUUGAAACAAAAAGGAGUUUUAGUACACAGUAUUAUACUACACAUGAAAAUCAAGGUGAAGUUUAUGCAACUUAAAAUGUUUACAAGCUGCCGUGCAAUCUAAUGUUUGUGAAUGUCCAAGUAUUAUGAGGAAAAGUGUCUAUACAAUUAUAGAGUUAUAUUUCCUCACAGGGUUCUUUACAAAGAGUGAAAGAUGUUUUUAUACCUCUUGGUUUCAGUUAGAGGCAUAUUUUGUGCCAUAUUUAUGUUAAUGUGCCUAUACAUGAUGAAUGAGUUAUUUCAGUCAUACAUUGCCUAAAUCAUAACUUUAAGAUGCUUGGGAAAGAAUCAACAGCUAAAAUUUCAGGAAGUUCUAAAGUCUGUGUUCCAAAAUACGUCACAUUAUUAGGAUGCAGGGAGAGAUGCAUGUGCGCUCCCUGGGGUGGGCAUUUCUAGUGACUAGACCAUCUCCAUUUUUAGCAUUUGGCAUCUUCAUGAUACUUUUAUACAUAUGACAUUAAUAGGAGAGCAGUAAUAAGAUUUUACAGAUGAAAUAACAGAUUUGCCUGCAGUCACUGAAAGAGUGCAAAUAUUGGGUUAUUGUGACUUCAACUGACUCUUCCAAAUUGUAUGAAUUUAUCAAUGUAUUAGAUAAACCCAGUUUCAGAAUGAUAAAGAAAAACUAUUAGACCAAAUAAUGUGGCUAAUUAACAGUGGUACAAUUUCUAGCCUGAGGGUUUAAAAUGGACUUAAGGUCCUGUUCUUGCCUUCUAUUUUGUGAACUUGCCGCUUUUGCAUUAUUUGAGUUCACUUGAAAGACAGUUACUUUAAGUCCAUUUUAAACCCUCGGGCUAGAAAUCGUACCACUGUUAAUUAGCCACCGUAUUUGGUCUAACAGUUUUUCUUUAUAAUUCUGAAACUGGGUUUACCUAAUACAUUUAUAAAUUAUUUCAAAGGAAUUUUUAUAGUUCAGAUCACUUCACUUUUACCCUGAUAAAUAUAAAUGACUAGGAAUGACCUUCAGAUAGCCUUUAGCACCUGUAACCAAUCUGACAAGAAUGUGUUCAUCAGGUACCUAUGGAUUAAAUCACACACUGGCAUAUUUAAGCUGAAUGUCAGUCUGGAAAAUGAAUGUACUAUAUUAACUGAAAUACCACUCUUUGUGUAGGUAUUCUGUCAUAUAUUUAAGAAAAAUUAAAUAGCAUGUAAAUCGUAUGACAAUAACUUAAGUCUUUCUUCAAAGUGCAUGCGGUCCUUUGCAAUACCUCAUUCAGCCAAGUAUUUGUUCUCUUCCUCAUUCAGUAUAAGGCAGCUUUCAAUUUGCUUAGAAGGCAAUAUUGGAAGGUUAGAGUUUAUCAGAAACAUAGAAUUUUAAAGUGUGAGUUCAACUGAAUAAAUUAGAAUUUCUGUAGAAGUAAAGAAUUAAAAUACCUAUUUAAAUAUUGCAAUAUAUAAUCAUUUUUAAAGUAUUUGAUUAAACCUGAUAGGUUUUUCCAGAAAUGAAAAAAAAUCAGUUCUAAAACCAAAGCUGAUAUUUAGAAAAUGUGAAAAUAUAAAUCAGCCCUAUCCAUAAUAUAGUUUCUCUAAAACUUUAUCUUAAAGAGUCGUUUUAAAAGAAUAUAACUAUUCAAAAAUGUAACUGCUAUCUUAAUGUUUUGAAAUAAGUUAAAACAUUUUAAAAUAUGAAUACUGUAGUUUAAAAGAAACUGGGGGAAGGAAAAGUAGAGAAAGAAAUGCCAAUUCCAAUGCAAAGCUUUAUUUGCCAAGUUUUCUUAGAAUGACUUUUACCAAUUUAUGAAUUCUUGUAAACAGAAUGUAUAAUGGAAAUACUGAAACACUGUUGCCUAAAGUGGCAUUAUUGGCUGCUACUGUGAUGCUACUGUAAUGUAAUAAAUUAUUAAAUUGUUGCAAA